AUGUCGAAGAACCCCAAGCUCGCCUACGAUGCGAAGGAGCCUGCAUUUCUCCAGAAGCUCAGGGGCCACUAUGGAAACAACGACGGUCGCCUGGAGCGACCUGCUAUGCGCCCUCGAAAAGCUAAGAAUUCCGACGACGACGAUGACGCGCCCGUCUACGUCGAUGAAGAAAGCAACGAGGUGAUCUCCAAAGAGGAAUAUCAGGCCUUAGUUGGAGGUACCGAUAGCCAGACUCAAGAAGGGGGCUCCAAGGAUCAGUCUGCAGAGGGAGACGACAAGGCAUCGACGCUGAAAGAACCCUCGGCGAAGCAAAAUAACCUUACCGAAGUCGGCGGACAGAAGAAGCGAAAGCAGGCUAAGGUUGUGGGCCAAGAUACAAUCGAGGAAGAAGCAAAGCCCGACUCUGAGGAAAGGCCCAAAGCUUCAGCUCGAAAGUCCAAGAAGGGCAAGAAGAUCAAGCUUUCAUUUGACAAUGAAUAA